AUGUGGGCAUUCCACACAAGCGAAUGCCAAUCGCACAGCGCUACUUGCAGAGCGCUACUUGUAGCGCUUUGCAGCCACGUUCCAGGGGCCUCACGUCAAUGCGUUUUGGGAGCUCCGCAAGCUCGGAACCUCUCGUUCAAGUUGCAACUGCCAGUGUCAGGGGCCUGCAGAAUGACGGGCCAUGAACUUCGUCCUAAAUCGAACACUGCGCUACACGUUGGCUCUGCGCUGUAUUUGGCUCACUUUCCGAUGUCUUCCCAAUCCCCUUGCAGUGCGCGGGGAGUCAACUGGCUGUUGAGAUGGAACCUCAAAACCGGCAGAGGCGUUGUGUGUUCGGUCACGCCGGUCGCGCGGGUCUUGCUUCCAUACUGCCAAAGCGCUGCUUUUGGCGACACACGCAUGGCCUUGAAUGCAUUUCUACCUGUUCUGCUGUUCCUGGCAUUAGACAUGUUUCCUCAUGCCCAAAAGCAGCCUCAUGAUGUGGAUCAGUGUCAGAAACUGCUCAGCUCGAAGAUCAUGUUGCAUGCUUCGUGCAGUCUGCUCUCUGACUCCAGCACUGGAAGAUUGCCCCGCCUGUCUUGCCAAGAGGCCUGCAGCCUGGUUUCCUUUGUUGGCCCUUUGCGCAGCUGCCUCGACGUCGGCCAAAGCUCCCUGAGGCGGUUUCGAAUUCGACCAGGGCAUGAAGUGCUUCUCCUGAAAAGGGCCUCCUGGGACUUAGGUGUGGGCUAUCUUGCCCCUUCUCGAAGCAUGCUUCGCAUAUCCGUCACGGACCCAGGGAUGUUGCUUUGUUUGUUGGCCCCGCAGCUUUCGAUAGCGGUUGCCUGA